UUUUCUUGCCAUGAUCUUCUUGAUGACUGGGCGGGAAUCUCCUUCUACAGAGAGGCAGCGAGCGCGCUGAGGGGGCCAGCUUGCACUGCUUCCCUCUCGGCGCGCCAUAGGGUCCCCAAGCCACCCCGUCCCCGCCGCCCUCCCCAUUUGCACUCCAGGUCCAGCGCGCGCUUUAUCACAAUUGCUUCUGCAAGAGCCUCCUUGAGCUGGAAAGAAGUGGUCGGACUGCAACUUCGGCGGCCAGAUUAAGCUGUAGUUCGUUCAGCCUUUCCUCUGGGUUUAUGAUCCCAUUUAGGCCAAGAAACCCGGCUUGACGACGCCCUCCCAAGGCCAACCCCGGCGAACCCGCCUCCUUCUCGGAGGGCUGCGCUCCACAAGGAAGCCCAACGUGGGUGCCCGCAGUUCCUUUUCCUUCUCAUGGCUCGCUUCUGAAUAAGGAAGCUGCCGCCUGCAAUUGGGCAUCGUCGCCAUCUUCGGAUUUUGACGCAGCCGUAACAGCGGAAGGAGGAGCGAGGAAAGGAGUGCAAAGCGGCAGCCUUCCAGUUCGGGAGGGAGGAAGGAAGGAAAGGCGGCCGGUGGGUGCUGGCAGGCGGUGCAACAGGAACCAAUCUGCGUUCUGCCCUUGUUGCAUUAUUAAUGGAACAAUAUUGUCCUCCUGCUAAUGGCUAAGAGGUAGCAAGAAAAACCCAAGAUCAUGACAGCUCAGAUUCCUACAUCCAUUAAUGGAGGCCCAAAUAUAUGGGCUAUCACUUCUGAAGAAAGAAUGAAGUAUGACAAGCAGUUUGACAGCCUUAAACCAAUUGGAGGUUAUGUUACAGGUGAUCAAGCUCGUACCUUUUUUUUACAGUCAGGUUUGCCAUCUCCAGUCUUGGCUGAAAUAUGGGCUCUUGCAGACCUGAACAAGGAUGGGAAAAUGGAUCAGCAGGAAUUUUCCAUAGCUAUGAAACUCAUCAAGUUAAAACUACAAGGCCAACCCUUGCCUGUAGUCCUUCCUCCCAUUAUGAAGCAGCCUCCUGUGUUCUCUCCCUUAAUUUCUGCUCGUUUUGGAAUGGGCAGUAUGCCAAACUUGUCUAUUCCAGCUUCUGUUCCUACAAUUACACCCUUAGCUCCCAUGUCAUCUUUUGCUUCUGUGACUUCCAUCCCCCCCUUGGUUAUUUCUGCUGCCCUGCUACCUUCUACCAGCACAUCAUCAUUGCCAAAUGGAACAUCCAACCUCCUUCAGCCAUUACCUGUAUCGUAUUCUUCAACACUUCCUCAUUCCAGCUCAUAUAGUUCCAUGAUGAGAGGAUUUAGCGGUGCCAAUAUCCAGAAGACACAAUCUCUGAUAGAUUUAGGAUCUAGUAGUUCAAAUUCUUCUUCGACUACCUCACUAACUGGAAAUUCACCGAAGACUGGCUCUUCAGAUUGGGCAGUUCCACAGGCUUCCAGAUUAAAAUAUAGGCAGAAAUUUAAUGGUCUUGAUAAAAGCAUGAGUGGAUACUUGUCAGGAUUUCAGGCAAAAAAUGCCCUUCUUCAAUCAAAGUUAUCCCAGACCCAGUUAGCUACUAUUUGGUCACUUGCUGACAUUGAUGGUGAUGGACAACUGAAAGCAGAGGAGUUCAUCUUAGCUAUGCACUUAACUGAUAUGGCCAAAGCUGGGCAACCACUCCCCUUAACCCUGCCUCUUGAGUUAGUGCCACCUACUUUCAGAAAUGGAAAGUGUGUUGAAAAUACAAAUUGUCUUCUGCCAACUUAUCAGAAAAUACAAGAAGACCCUCCACAAAAACUUCCAGUUACCUUUGAGGAUAAGAGAAAAGCCAACUAUGAGAGAGGCAACAUGGAACUUGAGAAACGCCGUCAAGUCCUGUUGGAGCAGCAGCAGAGAGAGGCAGAACGUAAAGCUCAAAGGGAGAGAGAAGAAAAGGAACGGAGAGAGAGAGAACAGCAGGAACAGGAGCGGAAAAAACAACUGGAACUGGAAAGGCACUUGGAAAGACAACGUGAACUGGAAAAGCAAAGAGAGGAGGAAAGGAGGAAGGAAAUGGAAAGACGGGAGGCAGCAAAGCAGGAACUUGAGCACCAGCGUCGUCUAGAAUGGGAGAGGAUUCGGCGACAGGAUCUUCUUAAUCAACGUAAUAGAGAACAAGAAGUAAUGGUCAAGUUGACCUCUAAAAAGAAGAGCCUUAAUCUUGAACUAGAUGCACUGAAUGACAAACACCAGCAGAUAUCUGGAAGGCUGCAAGAUGUUCGAAAUAGAAAGCAAAAUCAGAAAAAUGAGCUGGAUGUUCUGGAAAAAAAAUGUGAUUUGGAGAGCAUUGAAGUUAAGGGGCUACACAAGCAGCUUCAGGAAUAUCAGAAUAGGUUGAUACUCCUUGUUCCUGAAAAACGGCAGUUAAGUGAGAAAAUAACUCAUAUGCAGUUGGACAAAUCUCCUAAUACAGACCUUAAUUCACUGCACAAGAAAUCGUCAGAAAAAGAAGAGUUAUGCCAAAGACUUAGAGAACAACUAGACACACUAGAGAAAGAAACAGCUUCUAAGCUGUCUGAAAUGGAUGCUUUUAAUAAUCAGCUUAAGUGUGAGACUGUGGAUGCUUCUGUUCUUCAGUGCCUUUUGUGUCUGCUAAGCUGUCUCAACAACCUCUUCCUCUUACUUAAGGAGCUCAGAGAAGCCUACUCCACACAGCAGUUAGCACUUAAGCAGCUUCACAAAAGGAAGCAAGACAAGAUCCAAGAACUUGAAAAGAAAAGAGCAGAACUUGCGCAAAAGAAGAGAGCGGAAGAUGAGGCUGCACGAAAAGCAAAACGGGAAAAGGAGAGCCUGUGGCAGGAGACGAUCCAGAGGGAGGAAGAAGAAAGAAGACAGCGUUUACAGGAAGAGCGAAUGCAGGAGAAGCUUCAUGAGGAAAAACAAAAAGCCGAGGAGGCCCUUGCACAACAGAAGGAGACCCAGCAGCAGAAACUGGCAGAGGAGGAUCUUGACAGCGUGAGGAGGAACAAGCAAGCAGAGAUUCUAAGAGAAAUUGAGCAGCAAAUGCAGAAGCAAAAAGAUGACGACAAAAGAAGACAGGGGAAGAUUGCAAAAGAAGCCGAGGAAAAGCAUAAAUGGCUUGAUGAAGAAAAAAAAAGGAAAGACACUAUCAAUCUGCAAGUGUCAGAUAAACCAAUUUCUCAAUUAAGCUGGCAUGAAAAAAAUGUAGAUACCCUGAAACAGACAAAAGGGCAAAAUCUUAAGUCAGCGUUGAAGAAUGAAGGUCAUCCUGUUACUGCCUCUGACUCUAUGCAGUCAGUUGGGUUGGUUAAUUACAGAGCUUUAUAUCCAUUUGAAGCAAGGAACCAUGAUGAGAUGAGUUUCAAUGCUGGAGAUAUAAUUCAGGUUUCUGAGAAAACUGAGGGAGAGCCUGGCUGGUUAUAUGGGAGCUUCCAAGGGCAUUUUGGCUGGUUUCCAUGCAAUUAUGUAGAAAAAAUACCUGAAAAUGAAAAAACAUUUUCACCUCCUAAGAAAGCCUUGCUUCCCCCUUCAGUAUCUUUGCCAACUGCCUCAGUUCCUGUAGAGACUGUUUCACCAAGUAAACCAACAGAAGAAAUUGACUACCAGAAUAUAUCUUUCUCAAACUUAAAUGUAAACACAGGGCAGAAGAAAUCUGCCUUUACUCGUACAGUAUCUCCUGGAUCUGUUUCUCCCAUUCAUGGACAGGGACAAGUAGUACAAAACUUAAAAGCACAAGCACUUUGUUCCUGGACUGCAAAAAAGGAUAACCACUUGAACUUUUCAAAAAAUGACAUAAUUACUGUGCUGGAGCAGCAGGAAAAUUGGUGGCUUGGAGAAGUAAAUGGAGGAAGAGGAUGGUUUCCCAAAUCCUAUGUCAAGAUUUUGCCUGGAAGUGAAAACCAAAGAGUAGAACCAGAAGCUGUUUAUGCAGCUAUAAACAAAAAACUUACAUCUUGCUCAUUAAGAGAAGAAUAUAUAGCACUGUAUUCUUAUGCAAGUUCUGAACCCGGUGAUUUAACUUUCACUGAAGGCGAAGAAAUUCUAGUUAUUCAGAAAGAUGGGGAAUGGUGGACUGGAAGUAUUGGCGAUAGAACUGGAAUUUUUCCUUCAAACUAUGUCAGACCAAAGGAUCACGAUAGUUCUACUGCUAGCAAAACAGGAACAUAUAAUAAAAAACCUGAAAUUGCUCAAGUUACCACGGCCUAUACUGCAUCAGGAACAGAACAACUGAGUCUUGCGCCAGGACAACUGAUACUAAUUUUAAAGAAGAAUGCUAGCGGAUGGUGGCAGGGAGAGUUGCAGGCAAGAGGGAAAAAAAGACAAAAAGGAUGGUUUCCUGCUACCCAUGUGAAACUUCUGGGUCCAGGCAAUGAAAAAACUACUCCUGCUGCUAUACCAGUGUGCCAAGUGAUUGCCAUGUAUGACUACUUGGCAAACAAUGAAGAUGAGCUCAGCUUCUCUAAGGGGCAACUCAUUAAUGUCCUGAACAAAGAAGAUGCAGACUGGUGGCAAGGGGAAAUCAAUGGCAUCUCAGGCCUCUUUCCUUCAAAUUAUGUGAAGAUGACUACAGACUCUGAUCCAAGUCGGCAGUGAUCCAAUGUUGUUUGUCUUCCAGGGUGAAAGCACCUCAGAGACCCACUAUCCAAGUUUGACUAAAACAUGAAGGCAGGGUGGACAAUGACUAAAACAUGGAAGCAGUGUUUCCUCUCUCUGAAACAAUUCAUUUGCUUCACUUCAGUAUUAAAUCCACUCAAGGCUUCAAAUGUUGCUGCGUACUGUAACAUUGCAAUUAAUUUAUGCAAACUGAUUAGUGGGUCUUUGUGUGGCUUUCUUCACCGUCCAGUCUGGUUUUCUCAACUCCUUUUAUUUCAGAAGAGCCAUUAAUGAUUUGCUUCCUUGUCAAGUUAUUUCUUGACGUAGUAUGACUUCAGGCACACAAAGACCUACUAUUUGAACUGUUUUACAUUGAUAGUUGUGUUCUUUUCAUGCUGCACCAUGUGUUCCUUUUGUUAUUGAUUUUUGCUGGUAUCUCGCAAUGUACUUCAUGUAUGAUUCUAUACACAGUGUGAGUGUUGUUGCGGGGGUAGAGGAGGAAGUAAGGCAAAACCAUGUGUCCUUUUAAGACACUUUAUUUUGCCAUUGUGGAUGCUGAGUUUUCAAUCUUAUAACUCUUUUACUGAACACAAAUACAAUCUGGUGUAUGUGAUGGUUCUUUCUAUGGAUAUUGAGAAAAUUCUCUCUCCAGAUAGUGCAGUAUUUUAGUGUUUCUUUAAACUAAAUAGUGAUGGAGCUUAUGUGGACUGGUUUUGUGGGAAUCUUUUUUUUGCUCCUAUUUAUGCCAGGUUGAUGUGCAUAUGGGGGCAAGAUCUGAAAGACCUCUAAUCCUCACCAUGGUCCUGAUAACAUCAUUGGGGUCAUAGUAGGAUCUAGAUGUAGUGGGUUCAGUUCAUUACUCCUCAAAUGCAUCUUGGCCUUCCCAUCAUUUGCGAUACUUCAGAUGCCUCUCUAAUACAGGGCAGGAAGCUUUAAGGUCUUCUUGUCCUCCCAGUUAAAUGUUUUGUCCAGAAUUCUGUAUAAUGACACAGUCCUAAGUAGGUUUAAUGAGGUUCAGUUCAAUGGGACUUGUUUUUUUUGUAGGUAUGCAUAGGAUCACAGUCUAACAAAAGGGCAGGCAAAGUGCCCUCUCCAAGUAGCAUUCAACAUUUUCUCCCAGAGUUCCUCAUCAUUGGUUAUGCUGGACCUAUAAGGCUGCUGAAAGUUGCAGUCCAAAAAACAACAACAAAUAAACACUGUGUCCACCCUGGUCUAACAGCAUCAACCUACAGCGUACUAUGUACCACUUUGUUCAGUGUUCAGCCUAUUUCACUUAAUAAAUGUUUUAGGAUUGCUGUCUACAUAAAAUGAAUGUUACGGUUUUUAAUAGGUUUUUAUUGAAUAAUUGAUGCCUGCAUUACUUUUAUCAAGUAAUAGUUUUCAGGGAGGAUCAUUUGUGCAAUAUGAAAUAGUUACGUGCCUAUAUCAAAUUAUGAAUGGACUUUUACAGUAUCUCAUUACUACUUUAGUACAAUCAUUUCUCACAGAAUAAAGUGAUCAGUAUUGGCAGUAGCAAAUGUACAAAUAGUUUGUAUUCAGCUGGAGCUUCCUUAUUUCUGCUGAUAAUUAGGCUUCCAGCUAAGGAUGUGGUAUUAAUUAUAGUGUGCUGUAAAUACUAGUUGCAGCAUUGUGGCCUCUUCUAACAAACUACCAUCUAUCUUUCAUAACUUCCAGCCAAAAGGUGUGUGACAAGCUAACAAAUGGGAACAGUAGUCUCAGGGGUAGGAAUAAUAUAUUAAUCAAGUUCCUGCUAGCUCCCUACAUAGCUGGUGGGCUCUAUUAGGUUUGGUGUGCAAGCAAAUUAUUCAGAUUUGAAUGUAGCUACAUAAAAAGGUUUAAACAAAAUCUAAUUGAUUUUCCAGUAACCAGUGAAAGGUUCAUUUGUUAGUUUUUGUUUUGUUCAGUUUGAUUUGCAACAAUCCUAACAUAUUUUGGUGAAAAGCUGAGAAAAUAAUCCUUCAGAUUAAGAAUUCUCCAAUGAGUGGGUCACAUCUGAGGGUUCAGAGGCCAUUUUUUGGUGAUCCUGAAUCCUUAGUGGGCCAUAGAUACAAAUUCCCUAAGGUGGAAAUUAGUCCCCAGAAUGCCAAAUUGUAUUCCCAGAAGCCUCUGAGGCACAAGAUUUUCCCCUCUAAAUGUAACAUCUGCCACAUCCCGGAGUAUAAUUUUGGCUUUUAAAAAAAGCUUUUCUUCAAACAUGAGGUGAUUUCUGACUGCUUCCUGUUUCUUUUUUUAAGGAUAUUUUUGGCAAACAACAAAAAUAAACAGGCCAAGAUGAUUACAUUUAUGGGGCAAAUUGCGCCCCCAGAGAUCUUUUGGAGAUAAUGCAUGGGAUUAAAAUAGGGAUUGAAGGGUUUGGAAGGUGGCCCAGAAAGUCACCCUUUGAGACCACAAACUGCACUUUACUCGCCCCUACACUAAAGACUGAUAGAGGCAUAAUAAAAUAUUCUUAAUGACCUUAUUUCCUCUGAAAAUUUAAUGAAUGCCUCAAGUAUCACAUUAGUGAUACUGAAAAAGCAAAAGCAAAAGAAAACAAAAACAAUACAGUAGGAUUAGAUAUCACAAACUGCAGUUUGUAGGCUAAUCUUUUGCUUCUGAAACCUUACUGUAUACUAUUUUUAUCUUAUAGAAACCAAAUUAGUAUUGUCAGUUUGAAAAUGUUGUAAGAACAAAGAGCACAUGUGUGUUAAGUUCUUGCUGCUGUGUAAAUCAUACUGUUACUUUUGCCUCACUUCUCUGGCUCCACAAAUAAUUUAUUACGUUUUGGUAUGGAGAACACAUGGGGUCUGAAUUGGGUCACAGAAUUAUCAGACAUGAGAUAGUUUAAUAGUCAUUUAGGAUGCACAUUUUUGAAUAACUAUAUCAGUUAUUUUUCAAAAACAGUGUUUGUUGAAUUUUAAGGCAAGAUUACAGGAACCACUCAAUGUCUGAAGCAAGAGAUCAUAACAUAUGAGGCAGUAAAGUGCUCUCCCAGUUGUACCUACAUAACCAAUGAAAUAUUCUUCAUUGAACUGGAGCAUACCAGCAACUGCCUGCUUAUCACUCAUAUCAAGACGUUCUGGAAGUUGCAGCUACAGUUUGCUUGAUGACACAUAUUUCUGCCCUUCAAAACAAAGGCCAGCGUUCUAUUAUAUGAGUCCAAGUUUUUGAUUCCAUAGGUAGCUCUCUGAAUUCAGCUUUAAAUAUGAAUGACUUUGUUCUUGCAGGUUUCUUUCAGAUGGUUCUGCCUCUUCGUAUAACCACAAAAAGGCAAUAGUAUUGCAUUGCACAGUGAAGACAGCAUAGCACAACUUUUAUUAGCCUCCAUUCCAGAAAUAGAAUUGAACUAAUUUUUCAGAAAUAUUAAAUGUGAUGCCUUGAAAAUUCUGCAAGAUUAGAGAAUGGGAGUAUCUCAACUAAUUCUAGGCCAAUGUCUUGUUUGUACACAAGUAGAGCAUUAUGUUCCUCUCUAUGUGGUUCAUAGAGUCUCCCAUUUUGGGAGGGAUGAUGAGAAAACCUUGACAAAAUGACAAAUGAUUUCUUCUCUUGACAAAGGGAAUGUAAAAGUUAUAGGCCUAAAUUGUCCAUCUCAACUAGAAGAGACCCAUUCAAUUAGCUGCUCAAUAAAAAGUCAACAGAUCCCAUGGGUCUCCUCAUGCUACGACUAGCAAAUGAACUUUAGGCCGUAGAAUUCUCAAUUUCUAUGAAACAUGAAUGAAUGACCGCAUUGCACCCCAAAAUUGCAAUUUGCUAGUUGCUUGCAACACAAUAUUUACCAAACUAUAUUCCUGUGGCUUGAAUUACUUUUUUACUCCAUCUGAAUAUAAAUUGUUUCAGUCCAUCUGUUACAUGAAUGCUGACAGACAACUAAUUGUGGUUUUGGGGCUGCUACAGCAUAAUGCUGCUUUAAUGUAAUUAUAGUUAAAUUCUUUAUAACUUAAAGUGUUGUAUGCUGCCUUAAUUUUUUUUUUCUUUUGAGGCUUUCUGUUAUAAAAGUAUUUUAUAAUCAGUAUUUUGCCAUGGAAACACAGCAAAUGCUGUGCAUGAAAUAGCUAUCUUUGUUUUUGAAAACUGGGAAUAACUAUGCAAAUAUAUUUUAUUAAAGGGACUCAGAAAAAAUA